AUGGCAACUCUUUGCACUCUCCUCACCUUGCUGGCAUCAGCCAACGCAGCCCACAAGAUCGGCGUUUCCGACCGAACCUUCUUCCGGAGACGGUACCUAACUCGCCAUGAAGGCGUUGUCUAUGCGCCGCUUGUCGAUGUCCAUCCAAAUGUCCUGGACAGCACACACAUAGAGAUUAGUUCCGCCCCUGAUGGCUACAUCACGGCCAGCGCGAUGGCUUUUAUGCAGGGUCUGUACCCGCCUGCAGCCCAGGAAGAGUGCUUCAACACCUCUGCGCAUAAUGGCAAGUAUUCCGAGAAUCAGAAGCAUCUGUCUGGCCCUGUAUGCAAGUACCAGUACCCUGAUAUCAAAACCUUUCCUACAUGUAAUGAUCGAAACUCCAUCGCCAUCCAAGGUCAUGUCGGCUGUAACGCCCUGAACGACGUCCAGAUCGACUUUGAAGAAGAAUGCCCCGUUGCCGACUCCCUCAACCAUAAGCACAAAAAGUUCUACCACCAGCUCUGGGAUCGUAUCUUCGCCGGAACCUUCCCCCGCUCCGAGACCAACUUCUACAACGCUUACGACCUCUACGACUAUGCCCUCUGGCGCUGGACCCAUGACCCCGAAAAGACCCGCCGCAUAAUGACCGCCUCAGAGCUCGCCCAGCUCCGUGCCCUUGCCUCCGCCGAGCAGGUCCUCCGCUACGCCAACCUAACCGAUCCAACUCUCGACCCCGACGCCCUCAAGCUGCGCGGCAUAGCCGGACGGACUCUCGCAUCCCACGUACCCCGUCUUUUCCGAGCAAACAUCGCCUCGGGCGGCGUCCACAACAAGCUCAACCUCCUCUUCACCACGCACGAGCCCUUCCUCUCCUUCUUCGCCCUAACAAAGCCCGGCGGUGACCUGCUGCGCGAUAUCUUCUCCGAGCUCCCCUACCCUGGAGCGACCAUCAUCUUCGAGCUGUACAGCAACGCGGCCUGGCAGGAAGACUCGUUCCCGCCACUGAACCACCUGCGCGUGCGUUUUUUGUACCGUAACAGUACCGCUCCAGACGUGCCGCUUCGGCUUUACCCCAUCUUUGGCCACCCAUUGUGCAGCAUGUCGUGGAAGUGGUUUGAGGCGGCCAUGAAUGGGAUUGGGAUCGAAGAUGCGAGGGAGUGGUGUCGGGUUUGUGGUGGGAAUAAUCCGGGACACGAUGGUUACGAGGACGGGGAAGAGGAGUGUUUUUGUGAAGCGAUUAGGAGGGAGGAGGAAGCUAAGAAGGGGAAGAAGAUGAGCCAGUUGACGAUUGUGCUGAUUGUGUUGGUUGCUGUGUUGGGGACGGCGUCAUUGCUGCUGGUCCUGGUGCUCUGA